ACCCAUUGCGCCCGCCCCACGCCCGACAUGGCUUUCCGACCGCUGUUACGGCAGCGCGCUGUCGUUCCCGCCAUGGCUGCCCUCUCGGCCACGGCAAUCUUCGCUCCUCGCUCUGUAUACGCAGAAGAGCGCCAGGAAGACUACUCGAACCGCAAGCCAAUCUACGAUGAUUUGCCCAUUGAUGCCACAGCUCCUACCGCCCCCUCUCUACCAGCGCCAUCACGCUCGGCCCCUUCCGAAGAGCCCGUCUACCGCCCGACUCCUACCGACCGGCUGGCUGUCCAGAUUGGCCGUGCACGCAUGGCUCUGUACGAGCAAGCUGUCCGCGGUGAAAAGGCUGUUGAUAACGCUCUUACCGAGACGCUCCGCCUAGAGCAUUCCUUCACAAGCACCAUCCGUUCGUUAGCCCCACCAAAAGAGUCUGGCGAGAAGGUCCUGCCCGGUGCCCUGUACGUGCUCGUUGCCUCCAUGGCCGGAUCCAUUGUCACACGCAACCGCAACAUACUACUCCGUGCCUCUGUGCCCCUUGCCGUGGGUAUUACUGCUGCCAACGUGGUGCUGCCCAUUACCUCCAAGAACGUGGGUGAUCUCAUUUGGACCUACGAGGAGCGAUACCCCGUCGUUGCAGACACACACUUGCGCAUGAAGAAGCGCAUCCUGCAAUUUGUCGAGACUGGAAAGGCACAUGCUCAGGGCACCGUUGGUGCUGUCGAGGGCAAGCUCGCCGAUACCAGGGAAAGCUUGGAGGACUGGGUCAAGAAGGGCCGGUAAACCACGUAUGAGCAACAGCUUCUUUGAUAUGAGCACCUGUACAUUAGCGGAUCCGUCUAGGUGGGAUGCCCAUCUUCAGGCAAUGCAAAUUGCUUUUUUGUUCAUCUUCUCCAUAAGUGUCGUCUGUUUGAAUAGAAAGCUACUUGAUCUAAGUAUUCAAG